AGCCUUAUCAGGCCUACACAAACUGUGGCUGUUCUCCACUUAUAUGCUACUGGGAGCUUUCAGUCAGUGAUAGGAAAACACACACACACAAAACACACACACACACACACACACACACACACACACACACACACACACACACACAUAUAAAAUUAUUUAUUGGCGUAUUCCCUUUUCCUUGGAGACAUAAUUAUCAAGUUUGUUAGCUGCUCAGAAACAGUUCAGUUCAAAUAGUCUAUCCCUGGCUGGGAGCACAUGUGUUCCUUAAUCACUGCCACACCUAUUCCACCAAUGUGCAGGUUGUGAUGCAAACCAAAGAAUUGUGAGCAUUGUGGUCAGUCAGUUUUCGCUGUAUGCUACGUUUAAGGUGGGACAAAUACCGGAAGGAUGGCUGAUUGAUGGAUGGCUAGUAUCACUGACCUGGGUUGAGAGUGUUGUGAACUCGGGGGUUCUUCCGGUGACCGGGAAGGGGAACCACAGCUGGGCCGAAGUAGGGAUGGCCGAAUGUAGGUUUUCUUCAUGCAGGACUUAGCGGCAGACAAGGUUCGUGACGGAUACUGGCUGCCACCUGAAAGACAAGGACUUGAGAACGGUGCUGGUGAAUACUUGGACGAAGAAGAGAAACAUGGAAAGAAUUUGGUACACGCAAGUGAGAGGGCAAACCCAAUUUGCAGACUACAGGAUUCAGGAUUUGUAAAACAGGACCUGAACUGGGUGAGGAUCCUGCUCUACUGCAUCAUCUUCCUGCUGAGUGUCUUUGGGAACACGCUCAUCAUCAUCGUACUAGUGAUGAACAAACGCCUCCGGACCAUCACCAACUCCUUCCUGCUGUCCCUGGCCGUCAGUGACAUCAUGCUGUCUCUGUUCUGCAUGCCGUUUACCCUCAUCCCCAACAUCAUGGAGAACUUCAUCUUCGGAGAGGUCAUCUGCAAGACUGCGGCUUACUUCAUGGGUAUGUCUGUCAGCGUCUCCACCUUCAACCUGGUGGCCAUCGCCAUUGAACGCUACAGCGCCAUCUGCAAUCCCUUGAAAUCUCGCGUCUGGCAGACCCGGUCUCAUGCCUAUAAGGUCAUCGCUGCCACCUGGAUCCUGUCUGUUGUGAUCAUGAUCCCGUACCUGGUUUACAACAAACUGGUGGAGUUUAACAUGAAAGCUGGAAACAGACGGGGCUACCAGUGCCGACUGAAGUGGCCCAACGAAGAGGUGCAGCAGGCGUGGUACGUCAUCCUCCUGACCAUGCUCUUCUUCAUCCCCGGGGUGGUGAUGAUUGUGGCCUAUGGACUCAUCUCACACGAGCUCUACAGGGGGAUUCAGUUUGAGAUGGAUUUAGACAAAGAAGCAAAAGCUCAUAAGAAUGGAGUGACGGCAGCGACAUCAUCCUCUACCGCCAUAUGCGACGAGGGCGACGGCUGCUACAUCCAAGUCAACAAACGGCGUAACACCAUGGAGAUGUCUACUCUGACCCCCGGCGGCUGCUCCAAGAUGGACCGCGCUCGCAUCAACAGCUCGGAGACCAAGCUGAUGGCCAAGAAACGCGUCAUCCGCAUGCUCAUCGUCAUUGUGGCCAUGUUCUUCAUCUGCUGGAUGCCCAUCUACGUCGCCAACACCUGGAAGGCCUUUGACGAGCAGUCCGCCUUCGACAUGCUGUCGGGAGCCCCCAUCUCCUUCAUCCACUUGCUGUCCUACACGUCUGCCUGUGUCAACCCCAUUAUCUACUGCUUCAUGAACAAGCGUUUCCGCAAAGCCUUUCUGGGAACCUUCGCCGUCUGCAUCAAGCCUUGCCGGCGCUUUCGCGAGCCUGAGGAGGACAUAGGCGCCACGGGAGCGUCCCUCUCCAAAUUCAGCUACACUACUGUCAGCAGCCUGGGUCCUCCCUGAGGACUUCUCUGCAGAUUCAGGUUCUGCUCCCAGGACAACCACUGCCAAGGAAAAUGAAGAGGUCCAGUCUUUGUGGCGUCCCACCAGACCUGCAACAAGAGAUGCGAUCUUGAAUAGUUGAAGGGAACGGGGGUUCUGCGUUCAGGACCAUGGAUAAUUCCCCUUCAUUGUGAGUUCCUUGACGGCCUCUGCCUCUCAGUGUUGUCCUGUAGCAUAAUGUAAUAUAGAAACUGGAGACACAGCCAUAGAAGAAGAAGCCGGAUGUGGCGAUCUCCCCGUAAACGUAACGUGACCCCCCCACCCCCCUCCUCCUUCAGUGCCAAAUGCAGCACAACAUUGAUGGACAACUUUAAGAAACAUGCAUUAUGUGAAAUUUUGAAGUCUAAAAAUGUGGAAUUAUAUUUCAUUUUAUUUAAGGACCAGGCAAAAUCCAGGUCUGUCCUGGGAAAAGUAGGGAUCUGUCCCAUAGAUAGGUAAGGGAAAUGAAGCCCCUUUUCCAUAGAUCAAACAGAACUGUGUCAUGCCCUGCCCUUUGCCCCUGUUCUUGCAUGGUCCCAACUUUUCCUUGUAUUGUUUACUUUUGAUUAAUCCAACAAGAUUGCCGGCAAUUCUGAUAGGCGUGCCUGGAAUUAGUCGCUGACUAAUAGGAGUCGUGUGUAUAUAAGUUGUGUAUUCGGUGUUGUAUAUACAGUUUUGUGUUUGGGAUUGUUGGCUCCGUGUCCUGUUCUGUUGGUAAGAGUUUGGCUCACCGAGCGUCUGCAUCCAAAGACCCGGAUUCUCGGCUGUUCCUUAUUCUCCGCUAACAUCAGCAAUAAAUAUUUCACUGGUCGUAAUGAA